UUUGCUUUUUAAUUUCAUUGUUUAAGUUUAUACGUACUCAAUGUGUUGGUGCAGUGUGACGCUCCUCGAAUUUAUUACUAAAAAUAACACUAAACCGGCAAAUGUUGUUGGAUUGAUCUUCUUAAUUUUUGCCCGGCCUUAAGACGACGAUCUGUUGAGCAAUGGGAUUUAUAGCUUGGUCAUUGGCAAUAGUGGCGUUUCUCACCCUCUUAUGGACAUUUAGUGAUGCUGGAAAAUGUUUAAUCAAAUGGGUAUUGUUUAUAACGAUUUCUAUUGGUGUCGCCACACUACCGAUUCCGAUCAUGCUAUUGCGUCCACGGGAUCCAAAAAAUGCAUUAAUUCCCGCUGCUGCUCUACGCGCUUGUAGUACAUUCCUAGGACUGACUUUAAGUGUGGAAGGAGUCGAAAAUAUAGUUCAAAAUACAGGUUGUGUUGUUCUUAUUAAUCAUCAAAGUAUGCUUGACUUAAUCGUAUUAGCUUGCCUUUGGCCCAUCAUGGACAAUUGUACAGUUAUUUCAAAAAAAGAGGUAUUCUACGUCCAACCAUUCGGAUUAGCGUCUUGGCUGUGGGGAACCAUUUUUAUAGAACGGGGAUCUAAAAAUGCUUUGGAUGCAGUUAAUAAAACCGGAGAGAUCAUACGGCAAAGAAAGGCUCGUGUUCUUAUGUUUCCGGAAGGGACUCGAAACCUGGGCAAAAACAAGCUAUUGCCAUUGAAGAAGGGAGCUUUUCAUUUGGCAUUGGCAUCAAAAGUGCCUAUUCAACCAGUUGCGGUGUGCCGAUACAAAUUUUUGAAAAAUCUCAGGUUUGAAAGCGGAACACUCAAAAUAAAAAUUCUUCCUAUCAUUCCAACUGAAGGUUGUACGAAAGAUGAUAUUCCCAAACUAAUGGAAGACACCUACAGGGUGCUCUCAGAAAACGUGGACGCUCUUUCCGAUAGCGGCGUUAAAGAAAAUGGAUAUAGCAAUGGAACAGAAAAAAAUGGACAUUUUAAAACUGUUCAGAUUUCUAAUUGAUUCGGUUUGUUGUAAUGAAAAUGGUUGAUGAGCGAUUUAGUCUACCUGGGAGUAGAUUUGAUUGAAAGUUUAUAAUUUUUCCUAAGCAAGAAUGUACAUAAUGUUUUUCCUUUAGUAAAAUUAACUUUAUUAUAUGUUUCGGAAUAGAGAUUUAGUGGGGAUACGAUUUUUCUAAAUAUGAGUAGUUUACAUAAAGCAGCAGCUGAAUCAGGCAAACUAUUUAGCUGAAAUAUGAGUGUGUAAUUAGUUUUGCAAUACAUACUCAUAGGUCAACAUUCACCAUUGACAAGGUUGGAUAAUUAUUUUGAAAAAUGUUCUAUUUAGUGCUGUUUAUUCUUAAUCAUUUUGAUUUAGUUUUGAAAACUUCCUUUUUUCUAUAAUUUUACAAAACUUCUAUAUAGGUUGUUUAGACUGACUUAGUUUAAGUGUUGUAGUACUUUUAAGAAAUAUCUCAGUUUUUUAAUAAAAAAAAUGUAUUUUCUCUA